UUUAUUUUGUUUUUCACAAUAUUCUCAUUUCCUUUUUUUCGUUUUUUUCAUUUUUAUUUCUUUCAAUAUCUUCUUCGCCGUUAUUCCCUCUUCAUUAUCCAAUCUCUAAAACCCACCUCAGACUCAGAGCAGCCCUCUCUUCAUUCAUGGCUUCUCAAUAAAUUUUAUAAUUGCUCUAAAUAAAACCCAUCUCUGUGUGGCUAUCUGUCUCUUAUUACUCAACUACUCUUUCCUUAUCGUCUCUGUACUUUCACAGUGCAUUAAAGAAAACUUUCCUUUUCAUUCCUCCAAUUCCGAUAGCUGUUUCUUCUACUUGGUGCACCUAAUCUCUUAAGAGUUUCAAGCUUUGAACUCAUUUCAAUUCAGUAGAAAGCUCAAAAAUGGCGCCAAAGAACAACCGUGGAAAGGCCAGGGGAGAGAAGAAGAAGAAAGAAGAAAAGAUUCUUCCUGUUGUCAUGGAUAUGACUGUGAACCUUCCUGACGAAACCCAUGUUAUUUUAAAGGGAAUAUCGACGGACAGAAUCAUCGAUGUUCGCCGAUUGUUAUCGGUUAACAUAGAAACUUGUAACAUCACUAAUUUCACGCUAUCCCAUGAGGUAAGGGGGCCCCGCUUAAAAGAUACGGUGGACGUUGCUGCACUGAAACCCUGUAUUCUAACGUUGGUGGAAGAGGAUUACGAUGACGAAACCGCUACGGCGCAUGUUAGACGAGUGCUGGACCUCGUUGCCUGUACGACGAGCUUCGGUGCUUCGCCGGCCGGAAAGGACCAGAACACUAAGCCCGAUGCUUCGGUUUCAGUUGGCGGUGGUAAAGGUGCGUCGGGUGCGCAGGAGAAGAAUUCCAAGAAAUUCACCAUCACCAAGUCUCAAGGUUCUUCAGGACCCACCAAACAAGAUGUGGCGGUGGUGGAUUCAGAGGCCGAUUUGAGCCACUCGUGUCCUAAGCUUGGCGCCUUCUAUGAGUUCUUCUCUCUUUCCCACCUCACUCCUCCACUGCAAUUUGUAAAGAAAGUGAUGAGACGGCAAAUCGAUGAGAUUUCGGCGGAUGAUCAUCUUUUCUCUAUGGAAGUGAAACUUUGCAAUGGAAAAGUUGUUCACGUGGAAGCUUGCAGGAAAGGGUUCUACAGCGUUGGGAAGCAGAGAAUUCUGUGUCACAAUCUCGUUGAUUUGUUACGACAGCUUAGUAGAGCUUUUGACAAUGCUUACGAAGAUCUUAUGAAAGCAUUCUCAGAACGUAACAAGUUUGGGAAUCUUCCUUAUGGCUUUAGAGCCAACACAUGGCUUGUACCACCCUUUGCAGCCCAGUCGCCACCAGUUUUCCCUCCGCUCCCCGUAGAGGAUGAAACGUGGGGAGGAAAUGGUGGUGGGUUAGGAAGAGAUGGAAAAAGCGACCUCAUUCCUUGGGCCAAUGAGUUUGCUUUUGUUGCAUCUAUGCCUUGCAAGACUCCCGAGGAAAGGCAGGUUCGGGAUAGGAGGGCAUUCCUUCUUCACAGCCUAUUUGUUGAUGUCUCCAUUUUCAGAGCCAUUAAAGCCAUUCGUCUUGCAAUGGACAAACCAGAUUUGAUCUUUCCAGCUGUGGACAGUAAAAUUCUGUAUAUUGAAAAUGUUGGGGACUUGAGCAUCACAGUAUUGAAAGAUGUUUCAAAUGCAAGCAGUAAGAUAGAUACUAAAAUUGAUGGACUUCAAGCAUUUGGAGUUGAUAAGGAACAUCUAGUUGAAAGAAAUCUUCUGAAGGGGAUUACCGCUGAUGAAAAUACCGCUGCUCAGGACGUUGCCACUCUGGGGGUUGUGAAUGUAAGAUAUUGUGGUUACAUUGCAGUUGUGAAAGUUGAGGGUAAGGAUGAGAAAGCCACAUCUCCAUAUCAGAGCAGUGAAUUUCUUGAUCAGCCUGAAGGUGGUGCCAAUGCCCUUAACAUUAGCAGUUUGAGAUUACUACUGCAUAGAACACCAGCUUCAGAACAUAAUAAGCCUACAUCUGAUUCGCAAACAUGGGAUCUUGAAGAGCUUUCUGCUUCCCGUGCUUUUGUUGAGAAACUGUUAGAAGAAAGUCUUGCGAAACUGGAGCAAGAGGACGUAAAGUUGGAUCAAUUUGUAAGAUGGGAACUUGGAGCCUGCUGGAUACAACACUUGCAGGACCAAAAAAAUGCGGACAAAGAUAAGAAACCAUCCACUGAGAAGGCUAGGAAUGAGAUGAAGGUUGAGGGACUUGGGACACCUCUUAGGUCGCUAAGGAACAAGAAGAAAGUAGAUGGAAGCAAUGUGAAAAUGCAACUCGAGAAACCGGAUGGCAUUACUGCAGAAGCAGAGGGUGCCACAUCACCUUCUAUAGAAUUUAAUGUUGAAAUCAGCGGCAAAGAAAAUGAGCUUGCUCUGAAGAGGUUGCUGUCUGAUGAAGCCUUUGUUCGACUGAAAGAAUCUGAUACUGGGCUUCAUUGCAAGUCUCUUCAAGAACUAAUUGAUUUAUGCCAGAAGUAUUAUUUGGAAGUUGCUCUUCCCAAACUGGUAGCAGAUUUUGGUUCUUUAGAACUUUCACCAGUUGAUGGUCGAACUUUGACUGAUUUCAUGCAUACUAGGGGUCUACGGAUGCGUUCUCUGGGACAUGUUGUAAAGCUUUCAGAAAAGCUAUCUCAUGUGCAGUCACUUUGCAUUCAUGAAAUGAUUGUAAGAGCUUUUAAGCACAUUCUUCAAGCAGUAAUUUCUGCUGUUGAAGACAAUGAGAAAAUGGCUGUAUCUAUAGCUGCUACAUUGAAUCUGAUGCUUGGGAUUCCUGGAAAAGAUGAAUUUGAUAAGUCUUGCCAUGUCCAUUCUCUCGUGUGGAGAUGGCUUGAAGUAUUCUUGAGAAAGCGAUAUGACUGGGAUCUUAGUAGCUUCAAUUACAAAGACUUGAGGAAAUUUGCAAUCUUACGCGGUCUAUGUCACAAGGUUGGUAUUGAGGUAGUUCCAAGGGAUUUUGACAUGGAUUCUCCAAACCCAUUCGGAAAGUCGGACGUGGUCAGCCUAGUUCCAGUGCACAAGCAAGCUGCAUGCUCUUCUGCGGAUGGGAGGCAGCUACUAGAAUCUUCAAAAACUGCUUUGGAUAAAGGAAAACUUGAAGAUGCAGUUACAUAUGGAACAAAGGCUCUUGCAAAGCUUGUAGCAGUUUGUGGUCCAUACCAUCGGAUGACUGCAGGAGCUUACAGCCUUCUUGCGGUAGUUUUGUAUCACACUGGAGACUUCAAUCAGGCUACAAUUUAUCAACAAAAAGCCCUGGAUAUAAAUGAGAGAGAAUUAGGACUUGAUCAUCCAGACACAAUGAAGAGUUAUGGGGAUCUUGCUGUGUUCUAUUACAGACUUCAGCAUACAGAGCUAGCUCUCAAAUAUGUUAAGCGUGCUCUGUAUCUUCUGCAUCUGACAUGUGGUCCAUCUCAUCCAAACACUGCUGCAACGUACAUUAAUGUGGCUAUGAUGGAAGAAGGGCUUGGAAAUGUGCAUAUUGCCCUGAGAUAUCUUCACAAAGCUCUGAAAUGUAACCAAAGGUUACUUGGGCCCGACCAUAUUCAGACAGCAGCAAGUUACCAUGCAAUUGCAAUUGCUCUCUCAUUAAUGGAAGCAUACCCUUUGAGUGUUCAACAUGAGCAGACAACCCUGCAAAUUCUGCGAGCGAAGCUUGGUCCUGAUGAUCUGCGUACACAGGAUGCUGCUGCCUGGCUUGAAUACUUUGAGUCGAAGGCUUUUGAACAACAAGAAGCUGCACGAAAUGGAACCCGGAAGCCUGACGCCUCUAUAGCCAGCAAAGGCCACCUUAGUGUAUCCGAUUUGCUUGAUUACAUUAAUCCAAAUCAUGAUGGGAAAGGCAGGGAUGUGGUUGCCAGGAGGAAAAACAACUUUAAGUUGAAAGGAAAGUCUUACCAAACUGUCAGCACAGCAAGUUCUGAUGAGUCUCCGAAAGAAACACCAAAAGAGACUUCAGAUGAAGAGACACCUAUUAUUGAACCACUAAUUGACCCAGAUGUCAGCCAGGAGACCACGUCUGCACCUGUUGAGCCUCAGCUAUCUGUUUCAGAGGAGGCUACUGUCGAAAAGCCAAAUGUUUCCACCGAGGCAUCUUCUGAUGAUCUUGCUGAAGGAGAAGGAUGGCAAUCAGUUCAAAGGCCUAGAUCAGCUAACUCAUAUGGGCGACGUCUUAAGCAGAGGCGGGCAACUAUUGGCAAAGUCCUUACUUACCAGAAGAAAUAUGUGGACAAUGAGAUUGAGUAUCCUGUAGCAAAGAAUAAUGCUCAGAAUAGUAGGUAUUACCUUUUAAAGAAAAGGACAAUGUCUCAUGGAGGUUAUACAGAUCAGCAUACUGUCAAUCCCUCCCAGGGUACUAGGUAUGGUCGGAGAAUAGUGAAGGCUGUAGCCUACAGGGUCAAGUCAAUGCCUUCAUCAACUAAACCAGCUACACCAGACACGUCUAGAAAUAGUGGCUCGGGUUUGGGUUCGCCAGUAGAACCUGACCGAAAUGCUUCACUAAAUGAGACCAAUAGCCUGAAAAAUCCUAUAGUCAGUCUUGGAAAAUCUCCUUCAUACAAGGAAGUAGCUUUGGCUCCACCAGGUAGUAUUGCAAAGAUGCAAGUUGGGAUGCCCCAAAAUGUUCAAGAAAACCUUGAACGUGAUGUUGAAAAACAUGAAGAGGAAACAAACGAAACCAUUAGAAAUGUUGAUCCAAUAGUUACAGGUGUAGAAAAUAUACUUGAAGAGAAGAAUGAUAUUUCUUCACAUCGUUUACCAGAGGAAACAAAAGUUGUGAUAACAGAAGAUCAGACUCAUUCAACUAAUUCAAUCGAUGAAAACUCUUCUUUGAGAGUGUUUGAGAGCCUGGAUGGACUUCGACGCAGCAGCGUUGAAGUUCGUGAAGUGGUGGAAGAUAGUGUUCUCAUUGAUGGGUUGCAAACUUCUUUUGCUGUGCCAGAAGUGGGACUGUGUGAGAAGAACCCGUCCAGCAGUUUUGAACUCCAGGUUAAUUCAAACCCCAACUUUCCAGCAACAGAGGAGUUGAGGGACAAAUCUUCUGCUGUAAAUUCAGUUGAUACACGCACACUUACAAAUAAGAAGUUGUCAGCAUCUGCAGCUCCUUUCAACCCUUCACCAGGCAUUGCACGUGCUGCUCCUGUUUCCAUGAACAUUACUCUUCCUGUUGGUCCUGGUGGUGUUCCAACUAUUGCUCCCUGGCCAGUAAACAUGAAUCUUCACCCAGGGCCUGUCAUAUCCCCUGUGAAUCCAAUGUGCUCCUCUCCUCAUCAUCCAUUCCCAUCUCCUCCAACAACCCCAAACAUGAUGCAGCCAUUGCCCUUUAUGUACCCUCCUUUUACUCAACCACAAAGCAGUACCUUCCCGGUAACAAGCAGUGCGUUUCAUCCCAACCAUUUCCCAUGGCAAUGCAAUAUGAACCUGAAUGUACCAGAAUUUGUUACUGGUCCAGUUUGGCAUCCUGUGGAGUUCUCUGUUCCGACACCUGUUGUUGAGCCAAUUACUGAUCCUGUAUUGGAGCCAAGAGUACAGCCUGGUGAUUCUGCUCCAAUGUUGCCAGUAGACAUUGACAAUAUGGUGGAGGUUAAGAGAGAAGUGAAUCUUCAAGCAUCAGAGGCAGUGGGUAACAUGAAUGUAGUUGGGUCUGAGAAUGUAAAGGAAAAUGGUCCUCAGAAGCUGGUAGGACCUGAAAAUGCUGAAAAUGAACCAAAUAACAUCAGUAAUGGAAAACCUGGAAGCAGUGAUGUAAGCAAGAUGGAUGGUGAAAAAACCUUCAGCAUUUUGAUUAGAGGGAAAAGAAACCGUAAGCAGACUCUACGAAUGCCUGUUAGUUUACUCAGUCGACCAUAUGGCUCACAGUCCUUCAAAGUUAUAUACAAUAGAGUAGUCAGAGGGAGUGAUCCUCCCAAGUCAACCAGCUUUUCUCCAAGUGAAGAAUGCCCAGCCAGUGCUACGUAGCCCCUUUGUCAUUCUUGCCAUCCUGGUAUAACAGUCUAUGAAAGAAGAGAGAAAUUUAAACCUUCUAUCAUAUGCAUAACUGGGACAGCACAGGACCGGAUCUUCUUUGGCUUUCAUAUUCAAAACAUCUAAACUUUGUUCUUGCAAAAAUUCAGAUUCACAAAUGGAAAAUUUCACUUUUGGACUUCCACGAGCCUUCUUGAGGUUACAAUUUUGGCUUUCAUUGAACAAUAGGAAAAUUUGCUAUUUGGACCACAACAUUUAAUACUUGAAUUAGUUUUCUUUCUUUUCCCUUUUUUCAUAGCAGUGACUUUUCCUAAUAUUAUUUUGUAUACGACCUCAAAUUUUGCCUUUUUAGUUUUUGUUUUUUGUGGUUUGGACAGGCAAACGAUAUUUUAUUGAUCAAGUUUGCCAAUAUCUUAUCUGCUUUAUUUUCUUUUUGAAUUGUUGGCAAUGCAAAAUAAGCUGUUACCGAUGAGACCCAUAUGUUUACCUUCUGUACAAUUACAAACAUCUGAAUACAAUAUUUGAUGUUGCAUCUA